AUGUCAAGUCAAUGUCAAUUCAAGGUCAAAUCAAAGUCAAGUCAAGGUCAAGUCAAGGUCAAGUCAAGGUCAAGUCAAGGUCAAGUCAAGGUCAAGUCAAGGUCAAGUCAAGGUCAAGUCAAGGUCAAGUCAAGGUCAAGUCAAGGUCAAGUCAAGGUCAAGUCAAGGUCAAGUCAAGGUCAAGUCAAGGUCAAGUCAAGGUCAAGUCAAGGUCAAGUCAAGGUCAAGUCAAGGUCAAGUCAAGGUCAAGUCAAGGUCAAGUCAAGGUCAAGUCAAGGUCAAGUCAAGGUCAAGUCAAGGUCAAGUCAAGGUCAAGUCAAGGUCAAGUCAAGGUCAAGUCAAGUCAAGGUCAAGUCAAGGUCAAGUCAAGGUCAAGUCAAGGUCAAGCCAAGGUCAAGUCAAGGUCAAGUCAAGGUCAAGUCAAGGUCAAGUCAAGGUCAAGUCAAGGUCAAGUCAAGGUCAAGUCAAGGUCAAGUCAAGGUCAAGGCAAGGUCAAGUCAAGGUCAUGUCAAGGUCAAGUCAAGGUCAAGUCAAGUCAAGGUCAAGUCAAGGUCAAGUCAAGGUCAAGUCAAGGUCAAGUCAAGGUCAAGUCAAGGUCAAGUCAAGGUCAAGUCAAGGUCAAGUCAAGGUCAAGUCAAGGUCAAGUCAAGGUCAAGUCAAGGUCAAGUCAAGGUCAAGUCAAGGUCAAGUCAAGGUCAAGUCAAGGUCAAGUCAAGGUCAAGUCAAGGUCAAGUCAAGGUCAAGUCAAGGUCAAGUCAAGGUCAAGUCAAGGUCAAGUCAAGUCAAGUUAAGGUCAAGUCAAGUCAAGGUCAAGUCAAGGUCAAGUCAAGGUCAAGUCAAGGUCAAGGUCAAGUCAAGGUCAAGUCAAGGUCAAGCCAAGGUCAAGCCAAGGUCAAGUCAAGCUCAAGUCAAGGUCAAGUCAAAUUCAAGGUCAAGUCAAGGUCAUGUCAAGGUCAGUCAACUCAAGGUCCAGUCAAGGUCUAG